AUGGAGCGGUACAAAGCGCUGGAGCAGCUGCUGACAGAGCUGGAGGACUUCCUCAAGAUCCUGGACCAGGAGAGCCUGAGCAGCACGGCGGCGGAGAGGAAGAGUGGCCUGGCCGAGCGCCUCCGCCUGUACAUCAAAAGCAGCAGUUCUGACGAGGAGUACAUUUACAUGAACAAAGUGACAGUCCACAAGCCUCAGGAUGCCGAGUCCCAAGACAAAGCGCCCGAGGAGCAGAGCCCGCUGGCCAACGGGGAGCCCCGCCAGCAUGCCACGGCCCCACAGAAGAGUCUCCCGGACCUCCCGCCCCCCAAGACCAUUCCAGAACGGAAACAGCCCUCCAUCCCAAAGAUCGAGUCUCCAGAGGGUUACUAUGAAGAGGCUGAGCCAUACGACGUGUCCCUCAAUGAGGACGGAGAGGCUGUGAGCAGCUCCUACGAGUCCUACGACGAGGAGGAAGGCAGCAAGGGCAAGUCGGCCCCGCACCAGUGGCCCUCCCCGGAGGCCAGCAUCGAGCUGAUGCGCGACGCCCGCAUCUGCGCCUUCCUCUGGCGCAAGAAGUGGCUGGGCCAGUGGGCCAAGCAGCUCUGCGUCAUCCGGGACACCAGGCUCCUGUGCUACAAGUCCUCCAAGGACCACAGUCCGCAGCUGGACGUGAGCCUGCUGGGCAGCAGCGUGGUCCACAAGGAGAAGCAGGUGCGGAAGAAGGAGCACAAGCUGAAGAUCACGCCGAUGAACGCCGACGUCAUCGUGCUGGGCCUGCAGAGCAAGGACCAGGCGGAGCAGUGGCUCAGGGUCAUCCAGGAGGUGAGCGGCCUGCCUUCGGACGGCGCGGCUGAGGGAAACCAGUACUCCCCGGAGGCCCAGCGCCUGAGCGGUCAGAAGGCAGAUAUAGCUGAGAAGUACCUGUCCGCCUCGGAGUACGGGAGCUCUGUGGAUGGCCACCCUGAGGUCCCCGAGACCAAAGAUGUGAGGAAGAAGUGUUCCGCGGGCCUCAGGCUGAGCAACCUGAUGAACCUGGGCAGGAAGAAGUCCACCUCGCUGGAGCCGGCAGACAGGUCCCUGGAGACGGCCAAUUACCUGAACGUGCUGGUGAACAGCCAGUGGAAGUCACGCUGGUGCUCCGUGCGGGACAGCCACCUGCACUUCUACCAGGACCGGAACCGCAGCAAGGUGGCCCAGCAGCCCCUGAGCCUCCUGGGCUGCGAGGUGGUCCCGGACCCGAGCCCGGACCACCUGUACUCCUUCCGCAUCCUCCACAACGGCGAGGAGCUGGCCAAGCUUGAGGCGAAGUCUUCCGAGGAGAUGGGCCACUGGCUCGGCCUCCUGCUCUCCGAAUCGGGCUCCAAGACAGACCCAGAGGAGUUCACCUACGACUACGUGGACGCAGACAGGGUGUCCUGUAUCGUGAGUGCGGCCAGGAACUCCCUGCUAUUGAUGCAGAGGAAGUUCUCGGAGCCCAACACGUACAUCGACGGCCUGCCCGGCCAGGACCGCCCGGACCUGCUGUAUGACGACGUGGAGAUGUCCGAGCUGACGGCCGCGGCAGACCCCGAGGAAGCCGCCCCGGCCGCGGAUGCUCCGAGCGAGCUCGACCCUGACCGCAUGUACCUGGACCUCACGCCGGUCAAGUCCUUCCUGCACAGCCCGGGCGGCCCCCAGGCCCGAGGGUGCUCCCCCACACCGCCCUGCCUGGACCCUCCGGCCGACGCCCUCCCUGCAGACCCGGGCCCCGCCCCAGCGGAGUCCCCCGUCGUGACAUCCGCAGAGACCCCCGAGUUGCAGCAGGGGCAGCCGGGGAGCCCGGAGCCGGAGGAGCCGUCCCCCAGAAUCUCCACGGUCAGAAUCCAGGCCGAACAGCAAAAGCUCUCCUUCCCUCCGAGCAGCCCCGACGCUGUGGCUGUCGCCCCGGCUGGGGCCGGCGCGCCUGCGAAGGACAGGCUGAGAGUGACCUCUGCAGAGAUCAAACUGGGCAAGAACAGGACGGAAGCUGAGGUGAAGCGGUACACGGAGGAGAAGGAGAGGCUGGAGAAGAAGAAGGAAGAGAUCCGGGGGCACCUGGCUCAGCUCCGGAAGGAGAAGCGGGAGCUGAGGGAGGCCCUGUCGAAAUGCACAGACAAGGGCGCGCUGGCCAGCCUGGAGCAGAAGCUGAAGGAGAUCGACGAGGAGUGCCGGGAGGAGGAGAGGCGGCGUGUGGACCUGGAGCUCAGCAUCGUGGAGGUGAAGGACAACCUGAAGAAGGCCGAGGCCGGGCCCGUGACGCUGGGCACCACCGUGGACACCUCCCACCUGGAGGCCUUGAGCCCCCGACCCAAAGCCGCCGCCCCCGCCCCUGCCCCAGACUCUACCCCAGUCAACUCUGCCACGGCGCUCAAGAACAGACCUCUCUCCGUCAUGGUCACGGGCAAAGGCACCGUCCUCCAGAAAGCCAAGGAAUGGGAGAAGAAAGGGACCAGCUAG